AUGGAUAUAAAAAGAGAUCCAAUUGAAGAAUAUAUUACACAACUCGGUGGAAAUAAGUUGAUCAGAAAGAUUCUGAUUGCCAACAAUGGUAUCGCAGCUGUAAAGGCAAUACGUUCCGUUAGAAAAUGGGCGUAUUCAACAUUUGGCAAUGAGAGAAUCAUUAAGUUCGUGGUUAUGGCGACACCCGAAGACUUGAAAGCGAAUGCCGAGUACAUUAGAAUGGCCGACCAGAUCAUAGAGGUACCGGGUGGUACCAACAACAACAACUAUGCCAACGUCGAUAUUAUCGUUGAUUUUGCAGAGCGUGCCGGUGUACAAGCGGUUUGGGCAGGUUGGGGUCACGCCUCUGAGAAUCCGCGUUUGCCAGAGCUGCUCUCGCGUACCGCCACAAAGAUUGCAUUCAUCGGACCACCCUCCAACGCGAUGAAGGAUCUCGGAGACAAGAUUGCCUCGACCAUUGUUGCGCAAUCGGCGCGUGUCGCCUGUGUUCCAUGGAGUGGAAGCGGUCUGACGGUCGAGUACUCCAAGACCGGUGUCACCGAGGACGUCUACCGCCAGGCGACAAUCGCCACCGUCGAAGAAGCACGCGUUUGCGCGGAGCGCGUCGGUUUCCCUGCUAUGAUAAAGGCGUCGGAGGGUGGUGGUGGAAAAGGUAUCCGUAAGGUCACCACAAUGGAGGAGUUGCCCGCCUGUUUCCGUCAGGUGCAAUCAGAGGUGCCGGGUUCGCCCAUCUUCUUUAUGAAGCUCGUACCGAAUGCGCGUCAUUUGGAAGUACAGAUUAUCGGUGAUCAAUAUGGAGAGGCUAUAUCGCUCAACGGUAGAGAUUGUUCGGUGCAGCGUCGUCAUCAAAAGAUUAUCGAGGAGGGACCGGCGUUGGCGCCACGUCCAGAAGUAUGGUUGGAAAUGGAACGUGCAGCUGUUCGUCUCGUCAAGGAAGUAGGAUACGUCGGAGCCGGUACAGUUGAAUAUCUCUUUGAUGGUGACUACUACUUUUUAGAAUUGAAUCCAAGAUUACAAGUGGAACAUCCAGUCACCGAAGAAAUUACAGGUGUCAACCUACCUGCAACUCAAUUACAAAUUGCUAUGGGAAUACCAUUGUACAGAAUUCCAGAUAUUAGAAGAUUAUAUAAUCAACAACCAUUGGAGAGUAGUAGUAUUGAUUUACAAGAUUUUUCAAAGAGAGUUCCAUCAAAGGGACAUUGUAUAGCAGUAAGAAUUACCGGUGAGAAUCCAGAUGAAGGAUUCAAGCCGACAUCAGGAAAGAUUCAUGAAUUGACAUUUAGAAGCACUCCAAACGUUUGGGGUUACUUUAGUGUUGGACCGUUUGGUGGUUUACACGAGUAUGCCGAUUCACAGUUUGGACACAUCUUUGCUAGUGGAGCGACUCGUGAGGAUGCCCGUAAGGCAAUGGUGUUGGGAUUGAAGGAGAUUUCGAUUCGUGGUGACAUUCGUACACCCGUUGAGUAUAUCAUUCACUUGUUGGAGACGGAAGCGUUCCGCAUGAAUGAGAUUCACACUGGGUGGCUGGAUGUCUUGAUUGCCGAGAAGAUCAUCACACCGAAACCCGACAAUAUGGUGGUUGUCCUAUGUGGAGCACUCUACAAGGCACACUCACUGUAUUGUUCGCGUGGCAAUGAGUUCAUUCAACAGGUAACCGUUGGACAGUUGCCGUCGAUGGAGCUACUCGCUAAUGUCGUCCCGAUCGAACUGAUCUACAAUAACGUUAAAUAUUUAUUCGAAGUUUCAAGAAAGAGUGCAUCGACAUUCAUGGUUUCACUAAAGAGCGAUCGUUCCAACUUCAUUGAGGCAAGCAUUGUUUUGAUGUCCGACGGUGGAUUGUUGGUGAUGCUCGAUGGCAAGAUGCAUGUUUGUUACGGACGUGAAGAUGUCACUGGAAUUCGUUUGACCAUCGAUUCGAAAACCUGUAUAUUCAGUCAGGAGUAUGAUCCAUCGAUUCUCCGUACGUCGUCGCCAGGCAAACUGGUCAGGUAUCUUGUGGACGAUGGUUCCUUCGUGACCAAGGGAACUUCUUUCGCCGAGAUUGAAGUCAUGAAAAUGUAUAUGCCAUUGAUUGUCCCAGAGACUGGAAGAAUCAAGUUUGAACUGUCGGAAGGUAGUGUCAUGACAGCCGGUGCUAUUAUUGCACAUUUGGAGUUGGAGGAUUGCUCAUCAAUCCAGAAAUCGACAGUGUUUACCGGUACUCUCAAGAAGAUGUUGCCGCCAACUCUUAUCGGUGACAAACCACAUCAACUGAUUGCACAUACAAUCCACUGUGUGAAAUCGGUGUUGGGUGGUUACGAAGCGAUUCAAAUCAACGGACUGAUCGAGAGACUAUUCGAGCAGAUCAACGAUCCUCAACUGCCAUUCUACGAGUUCAACGAACAGCUCUCAGUGAUCAACAAUCGUAUUCCUCAAUCGUUGUCGUCGCUCAUCUGCGAGGAACUCUCAAGAUUCAAAUCCAACACAAUCGAAAGUGUUAUCUGCAGUCAGUAUCAACCAUCUGCUCAAACAGUUGCUGACGACUUUAACACACUCUCUCUGAGCAAGUCACUCAAUGCCUAUUUGAACAAGUCGCAACUCGAGAAUGAAUCGGUUGCCAAGACACUCACUCAAACUGUCAAACCAAUUCUGGAUCUCACUCACAAGUAUAUCGAUGGUAUCAAAGGUGCACGAAUCAACAUCAUCCGUUCACUUCUCGAAGAGUUUAUCACUGUUGAGGGAUUGGUACAACACCGUCCACUCCAAACAGUACUCAAGAUUCUCAGACAAACCUACAAAGAAAACAUGCCAAGACUAUUGGAGUUGGCAAUGGCAAUUCAUCCACAAUCAAAGAAACAUAUUCUCAUUCUCGGUUUGUUGAAGAAGAUCGACUUGGACAACUCGGUUCCCGACUACAUCGAACUACUCAAAAAACUAUCGCAACUCGCUGGCAACAGUAUGGAUAUCUCACUGCGCGCGAAACAAAUCAUUGUUAACUCACAAUUGCCAUCGAACGACCAACGUAUCAUUCAACUCGAUCGUUCCAUCAAACAGAUUAACGAACUUCUCGAGGAGGAAGAGAGAUACAAGGAGAUCUACAACAUCUCUAAACAAUCGGCUGACUUGCUCGAUGUUCUCAUUCCAAACUUUGAGAACGCCGACGAGUUUGUUCGUCGUACUUCAAUGGAGAUCUAUGUUCGUCACUCCUAUCGUUCUUAUCACGUCGAGAACAUUCGUGUCACUCUCGACAACAAUGACGCAGAAGCGAAACGUGGAUUCGAAAGUGUUGAAUGGCAUUUCUAUAUUACACUGCCAGGUAACAAUAUAAGUCCACCGCUAUCAUCGUCGAGCAACGGUCGUUCCACUCUUGGUUUGGGUGUGCGUCCUCACUCGAUCUUGAGCGGACUCUCAAUGAUGCGUACCGACUCUACAGACUCGAUUCAAGCGAUGGAAGAUCAAACCAAACUUCGUUACGGUAUGAUGGUAUCGUUUGAGAAUGAAUCGAAAUUCGAAGUAGCUCUUCCCAAUAUCUUGAAGAACUACAAUAUCGAAGAUGAUUUCAAUCAAGGACGUUCAAAGACAUCGGGCGAGAGCACCGACAUCCUCUCUGUAGUAUUGAAAUACCUGCCAGAGACAAUGGCAGAGGAGAAUGAAGCUACUCAACGUUUCUCUGCUAUUCUCAAGUCGAAUCAACGUGAGCUGUCACUCGCCAGAAUCCGUCGUGUCACUUUUGUCUGUUGUGGUAAGGUCGGUCAACAACCGAAAUACUAUACUUUCCGUGAGCGUCAUGGAUACAAGGAAGAUCCAAUCUUUAGACAUAUCGAACCGGCAAUGGCUUAUCAUCUUGAAGUUCGUCGUUUGAAUAACUUUGAUAUCUCACACGUUCCAACUCAGUCACAACGUAUCCAUCUCUACUAUGCACAGGAGAAGGGUAAGAAGGAGACCGAUCCAGAUGCCGAUCGUUGUUUCUUUGUCAGAUCGGUUAUUAGAUUCAGUGAUCUCUCAUCGAAUGGAAACGAAACAAAGAUGGUUGAUAUCCUUCUCUCUCAGGUGGAAGCACUUCUCUCUGAGUCGAUUGAAGCUCUCGAGAUGACAAUGGCCAAUCGUAAAUAUGCACGUGCACAAAAUCAUAGUAUCUUCUUGAAUAUCAUGCCAGAGGUCAUGUUUGACGAGCGUAUGAUUGGCUAUGUCGUACAGGAGAUUGGUGACCGUCUCGGUAAGAAGCUGUGGAAGUUGCGUGUCGGACAAGUCGAAGUCAAGGGUCGUCUCAGAAAAGACAACCAGCUGAUUCCAGUGAGAUUCUUUGUACAGAAUCCAACUGGUUAUGCAUUCCAAGUGCAAUGCUACUACGAGCAGAUGAACGCAGUUGGCCAGCAGGUGUUUGCUGUCGUUCCAGGAAGUGCUCGUGGCAUCUGGGAAGGUCUGCCAGUCGACACGCCAUAUCCAGUGAUGGACGCCGUUCAACGUAAUCGUUUCAAAGCACAACGUCUCGAUACCACCUAUGUCUACGAUUUCCCAGAUCUCUUUACCGAGGCACUUCAAUCAAUCUGGAUGGAGUACAUGGAGCGCAACAAGGAGAAUCCAGCCAAAGUAAGUCCACCACCACGUCCAGUGGUAGAUGCCGUCGAACUCAUUAUCACUCCAGGUGUCAACUGUACAGACUAUCCACCUUCUACACCAUACGAGCAGCUGCCAGAGAAUAUGCGUCCUACAAUCGAAGAGACAUACCGUCCCAUAGGCUACAACGACAUCGGUAUGGUAGCAUGGAAGAUGACACUCUACACACCGGAGUAUCCAGCCGGUCGUCAAGUCAUUGUCAUUGCCAACGAUAUCACCCAUCAAAUCGGUUCGUUCGGUCCACAAGAGGAUCUGAUGUUCCAACUUGCCAGUGAGAUGGCACGUCGUGAACAAAUUCCAAGAAUCUACCUAUCUUCCAACUCUGGUGCAAGAAUUGGUUUGGCAGAUGAGGUAAAGAGUAAGUUCCGUGUACUUUGGAACAAUCCAAAGGAUCCAUCUAAAGGUGCUCGUGCUCUAUAUCUCGCCGAUGAAGACUAUCAAGCGCUAUCAAAGACAAACUCGAUUGCCGCUCAACAAGAUGCAGAGGGAAGAUGGAUUCUCACAGAUAUCAUCGGUCAAAAGAAUGGAUUCGGUGUUGAGAAUCUCAGUUGGUCAGGUUUCAUCGCUGGUGAAACAUCGAAAGCCUACGAUGAUAUCUUCACAAUCACUCUGGCAACAGGUCGUUCCGUUGGUAUCGGUGCUUAUCUUGUUCGUCUCGGUCAACGUACCAUCCAAAACGAUGCUCCUAUCAUCUUGACAGGUGCAUCGGCACUCAACAAAGUUCUUGGUAAAGAUGUCUACGAAUCGAAUCAACAGUUGGGAGGUGCUCAAAUUAUGUAUCCAAACGGUGUUUCUCAUAUCUCUGUCAACGACGAACUACGUGGUAUCACAUCGAUACUCCAAUGGAUUGCAUUCGUUCCCAAGUCCAAAGGAGAGUUGGUUCCAAUUGUAGCGCCAAUCGAUCCACCCACUCGUGACAUUGAUUUCGAUCCAACCAUGAACAGUAAAUACGAUAUUCGUGAUUUGAUAUCUGGUUAUUCAUCAAAUGUCGAUCCAUUGGUUUGGAUCAGUGGUUUGUUCGAUCGUGAUUCUUUCAUUGAGACCAUGGGAGGUUGGGCCAAGACAGUUGUCUGUGGUCGUGCCAGACUCGGUGGUAUUCCAGUCGGUGUCAUCGGUGUGGAGACUAGAACCAUUGAGAAGGUUAUUCCAGCCGAUCCAGCCAAUCCUCUAUCACAGGAAGUCGUCAUUCCACAGGCUGCACAAGUAUGGUAUCCCGACUCCUCUUACAAGACUGCUCAGGCAAUUGCCGACUUUAACAAGGGUGAGGAGUUGCCACUCAUUAUCUUGGCCAACUGGAGAGGUUUCAGUGGUGGUAUGAGAGAUAUGUUUGACGAGAUUCUCAAGUUUGGUUCGAUGAUUGUCGACAACCUUCGUAACUACAAACAACCCGUAAUGGUUUAUAUCCCACCUGAAGGAGAGCUUAGAGGUGGUGCUUGGGUAGUGUUGGACAGCACUAUCAACUUGGAUCAAAUGGAGAUGUACGCCUCUGAAAGCGCAAGAGGAGGUGUUCUCGAACCAAACGGUAUCGUUGAGAUCAAGUACCGUGAUCCGGAACUCAUUCGCACAAUGCAUCGUCUCGACGACAAGAUCGCAUCGCUCGACCAAGAUCUUGCCAACUGCCAAGACGACAGCCAAAUCAAGCAAAUCAAACAACAAAUUCAGACACGUGAAAAAGAGCUACUGGCAAUCUAUCAGCAAGUGGCAAUCAAGUUUGCCGACCUCCACGACACUCCGGGUCGUAUGAAAGCCAAGGGUGUCAUUCACGACGUCGUCCCAUGGAAAUCGGCACGUAAAUACUUUUACUUCCGUCUCAAACGCAGACUACUGGAGGAACAACAGAUCCGCCUGAUGGAGCGUAUCAACCCAUCACUCAACCGAUACGAACGCAAACAAAUCUUGGAAUCAUGGAUCGAAGAAUUGGCAAUGUCCGAAGACAACCAAUUGCCAGCUCAAUUCCACGAGAAUCAGUGGCGAUCUGAAUUCCUCAGUAACUCAUGUAAUUUAUUGCAAGACAAGAUCAACGAUCUUAGAAAGUCCUACAUUCAAAACCAAAUUGUUCACUAUGUACAACAAGAUUCAGAUGCAGCUUUAGACGGCUUAAUUCAAUUGAUUGAUACACUAUCACCCGAUCAAAAGAAAUAUAUAAUAUCAAAAUUGAACAAUUAA